AAAUGUUUUUGAAAUUUUUUCAAUCAUUUGAUUUGAUUGUUGUUAUUUUUUACUCCUCUUAAUUGUUACCGUUUUUUAUUCAUUUAUUUAUAUUUGUUUACGAUGAUUAAGGUUACUGGAAAUCGUGUAUUCCUGUUGGACAUUGAAGGGACCACAACAUCACUUUCCUUUGUCAAAGAUAUUUUAUUUCCAUACGCUGAGGACAAUUUGGAGUCUCAUGUUAUUAGUAAUUGGACCAGUGAGCAAUUACGAGAGGACAUUGAGUUAAUUAGACAACAAUCAGUUGAUGAUUUUAAUGAUGGAUUAAUUGGUAAACCUUUAACUGGAAGUGUGGAUGAUAAGGAGCCGAGGUUGUUCAGAAGAGAAUUGGUUAAUUAUGUCAGAGGUUUAAUCUCUGCUGAUAGGAAGUGUACUGCUCUCAAACAAUUGCAAGGGCACAUUUGGAAAAAUGGAUUUGAAUCUGGAACAAUUAAAGGACAUGUUUUUGAUGAUGUUCCUAAAGCUUUGGAAUCGUGGAAAAAUGAUCAUCAAUGUGAUAUUUACAUCUACUCAUCUGGUAGCAUAGAAGCGCAAAAAUUACACUUUGGCCAUUCGGUUCAUGGUAAUUUGCUGCCGCUCAUUUCUGGUCAUUUUGAUACAACUACUGGACCAAAACAAGAAAGUUCCAGUUACACCAAGAUUGCAAAUGUGAUAAAUCGUCAGCCUGAUGAUUUCUUGUUUCUAACUGAUGUCCCCAAAGAAGCUGUCGCAGCUCAAGCCGCUGGAUUUACUUCAAUUAUUGUUUAUCGACCAGGAAAUGUUGAGGUUGAUUCAGAUACUACUUUAAGAUUCCCCUCAAUUGAAUCAUUCGAUGAGAUCAAAUUUGUAUAAUCAAAUUGUGUGUGCGUGUGAUAUAAAUUGUAAAUACAACAACAUUCAGUGUAAAAGUGGAAACAAUCAAAUCGUAUCAGAUGAAACUUGAUUAUUUGUUAAAUCACCAAUUCAAUUAAAAAAGUAAACAAUAUCUAUCAUAUUUAUCAUAACACUGGUUUGAUAGAUUUUCAAUUAA